AUGACGAAUACUACAGCGUCCCUGGAAACGAGACUCUUCAUCGAUGGCAAGUAUGUCGAUGCUAAGCACCCUGAGCGUCUGACCUGUUACCGACCAACCGACAACACUAUUGUUACCGAUGAUGUGCACGUCGCCAACCAAGAGGACGUGGAUGCUGCGGUGGCAGCUGCACGAGCAGCCUUCCCGAAAUGGGCCGCGAUGGCUCCAGCCGAGAGGGCAAAGAUUCUGUUGAAGUUUGCCGACUUGAUCGAGCAACAUGGCGAUGAACUAGCUAAUCUUGAGGCGCUUUGCAAUGGCAAACCCACUGCCGUAUUUAAGGCUUAUGAAGUGCCAUUAUGUGCUGGGGCCUACCGAUGUGAGAUGCAUUACGCUGGAUGGUGCGAUAAAGUGGAGGGCCAGUCGUUCCCUGCCGACAACGGCUUCCUGAAGAUAGUCCGCCACGAACCUAUCGGCGUGUGUGCUGCGAUCAAUGCAUUUAAUGGCCCUCUAGUGAUGUGCGGUUUCAAAGGAGCGCCAUGCCUCGCUGCGGGCAAUACAAUGAUUAUGAAAGCAAGCGAGAAAUCGCCUCUUUCGAGUCUCUACCUUGGAAAGCUGGCAAACGAAGCUGGCAUUCCUCCGGGAGUGAUCAAUUUCAUUUCGGGCGCGGGUCUGACAGGCGCUCUUCUAGCAAGCCACAUGGGAAUUGACAAGGUUUCAUUCACAGGAAGUACAGCGACUGGGAAAAAGAUCGCCAAAGCAGCCGUUGAAUCCAAUCUCAAGCGUGUUUCUCUCGAACUAGGAGGAAAGAGCCCGAGCAUCGUCUUCCCUGAUGCAAACCUGGAUGUAGCGGUGCAAUGGUGCACCCAAGGAAUAGUGGGCAAUUCUGGCCAAGCGUGUAUUGCAAGUUCGCGCGUCUAUGUUCAUGAGAGCAUAAGAGAUGUUUUCAUCGAUCAGAUGAAAACAGCUUUUGAAGCUGCGAAAGCUGGCUUCGGAGACCCUUUCUCGAAGACGACUACUCUUCCACCACUUAUCGAUAAGCUCCAGUUUGACCGGGUUUCGAAGUUUGUCGAGGAAGGUAAAAAGCAGAGCACGAUUGUCACUGGCGGUUGUGCUCUUUCCUCCGAAGGAUGCUGGAUGGUUCCCACAAUCUUUGUUGACCCCGAACCUGGUGCAAGUAUAUACAAGGAAGAGAUAUUCGGGCCUGUUGUCGUGAUCUCGAGCUUUAAAGACGAAGAAGAGGUGUUGGCCAGAGCCAAUGAUACCGAGUUCGGCCUUUCAGGCGCAGUCUUCAGCCAGGAUGUCAACCGUGCCCUGCGUGUGGCGGGUAAAUUGCGAAGUGGUACUGCUUGUGUAAAUUGUUGCACCUUGGUUGACUUGACAACUCCUUUCGGAGGCUACAAACAAAGCGGAUGGGGACGGGAACUGGGAAAGGCCGGAAUCAUGUCCUACCUCGAAACAAAGACAGUAUUUGUCAAUAUGACAUACUGA